GUUAUUUAGUAGCUACACUUUUAUACAGUGUGCAGUGUCUCUCUCAGCUUUGAGACGCAAGCUAGGUUGUGCAGAUGUUCCAGCAGGGUUGUUCAGCUUGACCAGAAGUGGUGUCAGGAGUACCACCUUUUGUGUGGCGGUUGUUCCUCAUUUCUGAUCUCACACUGACAAGAAGGAAAUUGCAUACAGGAAUUCCAGAGGUGGAGUUCUCCGUCCGUUCUCAGGUAGAGUUGAGUGUUAAUAAAUGACUCCUUAAAAAACAUGUUGGAUCAAAUUCAAAGCCAGACCAGAAGAGGCCAGUUUCUGCCAGCGGGGAUCAACUCCGGCACUAAUGGCUUUUUUACCACUGAUCACAAGCCGCCAGAAGUGAUGCAAAAGACGGUGAAGCAGCUGCUAGUAAUGAGCCGCCAGGUCAGUCAGGGUCAACAGAAAAGGAAAUACUGCCACGAUGACAACUCAGAGCAUAAAUAUAAAUCUGUCAAAUUUGAAGCCUUUGACGUGAGUCCUCCAGCACCAGCGAACCUCAAUAUGACUCCUUAUUUCCCCGCUGCUGCACCUGAACACAACCACAUCACCCCUCCACAUAUGCAACAUUCACCUCUGCAGGGACCAAUGGCUCCGACUUCUGAGUUCAAAAUGACUUUGUUUCAAUGGCAAAUACAACAUGAGGCUCAGAAGUUGGAAGGAAUUUCUCCUGAGAUAAUGCACAUGCAAGACGCAGAUGGUGACACAUUUCUUCACAUAGCAGUGGCACAAGGUAAAAGGGCUCUGGCUUAUGUGCUUGCUGCAAAAAUGGCAGAACGUGGCUCACUGGACAUAAAAGAGCACAAUGGGCAGACGCCGCUUCAGUUAGCAGCAGCCAUCAAUCAGCACUUAAUUGUCCAAGACCUGCUGCUGCAAGGAGCACAAAUCAACACCAGAGACUUAUGGGGCCGCUCUCCUUUGCAUGUGUGUGCUGAGAAAGGACACUAUCUCAGUAUUCAGAACAUCUGGAAUACCCUGUUAGGAAGUGGGCAAUCAAUUGAUGUUGAAAUGUUCAAUUAUGAUGGUGGGUGCCUUAUAAAAUACUGCUCUGUUCUCUCUCUCUCUCUCUCUGAAGGUUUGACGCCGCUUCAUGCUGCCGUCUUGUCUCACAACACUGUGAUGAAAGACCUGAGGAUUGUGGAAAGUACUUGUUCAUAUAUGGCAACAGAGCUGAUGCAGAGGAGACAGACGUACAUCGAGUGUAUAAAGACUCUGCUGCUCAUGGGCGCCUCCUAUGGGACAAAGGAUCUAAAAAGUGGACGAACUUGUCUUCACAUAGCUUCAGAGGAGGCAAAUGUGGAGCUGUUGAGUAUUUUCCUUGAACACCCUUCAUCACUGACCUUUGUGAAUGUUAAGACGUUCAGCGGAAACACGGCCCUGCACAUCGCCAGCUCCUUGCCAAAUCAUAAAAUUAAGGUGGAAGCCGUGAAGUUGCUGAUGAGAAAAGGAGCUGACCCCGGGGCCAGAAACUUUGAAAAUGAACUGCCGGCUCAGCUGGUGCCCGAAGGACCCACUGGUGAAAAGGUGCGGCAGAUCCUGAAAGGGAAAUAUAUUAAUGCUUAAGUGAGCUCAAGAACACUGUCAGUCAGACAGUCCAAUCUAUCAUAAUACUAUUUGCCUAUACAGGGCAGAUGUUGGUUGUUUCAGUGAAACAUGUCCAAAUGUUCAUUACUUUGUAAU